CUUGGCUCCGUCUUCCUGAUCGCUCUGUUCCAGCUUCCAGUCUUUCCCCUUCCUCCGAUCCUUCGUUCUACCUCCCCAGUCCCUAUCGGAUUGUACCCUUGCUUUGAAUCGAAGCGAAGAAAAGUAGCGGAUGGGCUACGGUUGCUGAGGAAUUAGGUUUUUUUGCAACAAGAAAUGGGGUCUACUCGUGGAAGUCGAUCGUCCACCAAGAUGUGGGAUUCUGCCGCCAUGGAUGCCCGAUUCAGCUCUCUGGAGCUCAGGGUAUCCUUCGGCGAUGUCUUCAGCGGUUGCCUCUCCAAAUGGAUUCCCACCAAACAGUCAAAGGUUAGAAGCCUGGACCAAUAGAUGGAACAUGUGAGUUGGUAUACAUGAAUGUAGCGUACUAAAUGAGCUCAAGGUUGGAUGGAUGGAGAAAAGGAAGAAGAGAAAAGAACAGCUUGAGGUGAAACAUUGUAACUACUACUCUCUUUCAUUUGUAGCAUCUCAAUCGUCCAUUAAUGAUGUACCUUCCUGUCAACAGCAUGGACUCCAUCCAUCAUUCAACUACUAGUUCGUUCCAUGGUGUGCGUGCGUAUGUGUUUGUGAUCCAUAUUUUUAGUUAAAUUAAGAGUCUUUAGAAUUAAUUUUAUCGUCCCUCAUGAAGUCUUGUUAUGCCUUCAUCUGUCUCUUCUUGCAUUGUCAACUCAUUAAUCUUUAGCUAAUCACAAUAUUUAUAAGUUUGACUAGCACCUAUUUGAUCUAAACUUAACAUCAGUCAAAUUGAAUUUCUAAUUUCUAGGAACAUGACCAAUCCAAAACUUUGACACAGACAUUAAAAAAAUAUUUGUUAGAAAAUGGUUGGUUCAGUGUUUCUGUUAUGUUUUUCUUCCUACAUCCAUUUUUGUAGGUUUCUUCUUUUCUUUUUAUAAUAUUAUCAUUUUCUUUUAUUUUGGUAUAUUUCCUUUGUCUAUCCCGUUUUGUUCUUUCGACUAUAGAAGUUGACCAUAUUUUUCUCUCUACAACUUGACCAUAUUUUUUUGACAAAUGUGUACCACAUAUAUCUGAUUCCACAAUUUAUUGCACAUGAGUUGAAUCGGACAAAAGCAUCACUGCUUAGGUGUUAAUAUCAUAGUCUUUGAUUUUUGUUGAGAUAUCUGAAUGAUUAGUGUAUUAUAUAUAUCACUUUAAAAUGCAAUAGAUAUUGUUUUUUAAGAUCAUGAUCUUGGAUAACAUUAGAGAGACAUAUAAGAGGAGAUUCAGUGCUGUCCAUGUAACUCUACCAAUGGGAGUAGAGAGAGAUGGUGUGACAAGAAGUAGCUGUUCAGCUGUCUGAAAUGAGAGAGGGUUUGUGACAAGAACUAGCUGUCCAAUUAAUUGUCUGUAGAAAUGUGAGAGAGGGUUUUGGUGUGCUGCAAUUAAUGGGAGGAUGAACAAGAUAUGUGGCAAUGGGGCAAGCAAAGCAGCACGCACCCCCACCUGCAAGUCUCACCGGCUUCAGCCGGCCCCUACUCUUUAUAUGCCCACAGUUUCUCCACCACCCAGACCAGCAAAAACCUUGGAAGCUGAUCACAUAGUUCUCCUACAACAAACAUCAACACAGAGGAAGACACACAUACAACAACAACAAUGGCUUCUCAGAAUGGCCAACAAAGACCGCAUCAGGAGGUCGGUCACAAAAGCCUCCUCCAAAGCGACGCCCUCUAUCAAUACAUACUGGACACCAGCGUUCUCCCCCGAGAGCCCGAAUGCAUGAAAGAACUCCGCCAGAUCACCGCCAACCAUCCCAUGAACAUCAUGUCGAUCUCGGUCGACGAAGGACAGUUCCUGAACAUGCUGCUCAAGCUCACCAGAGCGAAGAAGACGAUGGAGAUCGGCGUCUACACUGGCUACUCCCUCCUCGCCACUGCCCUCGCCCUUCCCGACGACGGCAAGAUUCUGGCCAUGGACACUAACCGAAAGUACUACGAGGUUGGCCUGCCGACGAUACAGAAGGCCGGCGUCGCCCACAAGAUAGACUUCCGCGAAGGCCCCGCCCUCCCCGUCCUCGAUCAGCUGCUGCAAGACGAGACGAAUCACGGGUCGUUCGACUUCGUCUUCGUGGACGCCGACAAGGAGAACUACGUCAACUACCACCGGCGGCUGCUGGAUCUGGUGAAGGUGGGCGGCCUCAUCGCGUACGACAACACGCUGUGGGGCGGCGCGGUGGCGGCCCCGCCGGACGCGCCCCUGCCUGGCUACCUCCGCCACUACCUGGACUUCGUGCUGCAGCUCAACCAGGAGCUCGCCGCCGACCCGCGCAUCGAGAUCUGCCAGCUUCCGGUGGGCGACGGCGUCACCCACUGCCGGAGGAUCAGAUGAUUGCCGAAAUGACAUGUCUGUCCUCCGUUCAUCGCCAAUAAAAUAUAUGCCGCAUGAGGCGACUACGUUUGUCUUAUUUCACGUGCUACCCAAAAUAAUUAUUAUAGCCAACCAAAUAAAGUGAGUGUUAUUUA